UGAAGGUGGCGAUGAUGAAAUAUGAAUAAGGGAGGGUAGCGAAGAUAAGGUGGUAGGAAGAGGUGGAACCAAGCGAAGGAAAUCAACAGACUUAGAGGAAGAGAAAGAAGAGGACAAAUCAGUAGUAAAGAAAGGACAUGACUCAUCAAAGGUCACCAGUAUAAGAAUAAUGAGGAAAGGUGCCUUGCUUAGCGAGAAACAUAUUAAGAGCACGAGACAAGUACUCACCUGCAGAAUUGGCCUGAAAAACGCGAAUGGUAGAAUCAAAUUGGGUGUGAACCAUAGUAGCAAAAUUCUAAUAGCUAGUGAACACUUGAGGUCGCGAGUCCAAGAAAUACACCCAUGUGAAACGAGAAAAAUCAUCAAUAAAUAUCACAUAAUAACGAUGCUCCCCUUUCGAAACGAAGGGAGCAGGGCUCCAUACAUCCCAGUGAACAAGAUCAAAAGGUCUAGAAGACAUUGUAUGACUACUAGAAUAGGGAAACUGUAGCUGCUUUCCAAACUUACAGUCUAUACAAGGUAUGGAGGUAUCACCAACAACCUUCCCAAGGACACCACUACGAACAAGUGUUGUUAGACGAGACCCACACAAGUGACCGAGACGAUGGUGCCACUGAGCGAAACUGACUGAAGUGGUGGCGGCAAAAGUUGUGGCAUCAGUGGUAGAGGAGGAUUGGCAGCGAGUGGAAGCUGAAGGAAGAAGCAGCAGCCAGUCAAGCACCUAAAGGCGAGAGGAGUCUCACAGAGCCGACGACUAGUACCAACCAGGGUCUCUGGAGUCAAGAAUCUAGAGCACAACGAUAUCUGACGACGAGGCACCUAGUACCAUGCUAGAGUGGACGCACUAACCACUUCAACCCAUCAACAUAAACUUUUGGGUUGAAUUGGUUAGUGCGUUCACUCUAACAGAGUAUUUGGAUAUGCAGAAAGUCUUGGCUCUUUGAAGAUGAGCCCCCAAUGGCUGAAGGUUGCAGAAAGAUUUUCAAGCAGGAGCUUUUGCUAGUACUCUAUAGGGUUGGGAGUAAGUUUGACACUGUCGUUCCGCAAUGGCUAUCUCUUAAUGGCUUGUGACCCUUUUCCAUCCUCCUUCGCCUCCCUCUUCUGUACUCACUUUAACCUCUUGGUUCUUCAAUAAAAUCAUAGAAGACCUUUCCCUCCUGUUUCUUUUUAAAAACAAUCGUAUUAGAUGGUCUGGUACUUGAAAGAAUUAAGCAAUUCCUAUGACAUGCUAGAUUAGAUAAACUUGGCUAUUAUUCAAGUGUAUUUGAUGCAGUUUACUCUACUUUAGUCACUUCUGUGGCACAGGAACUCUUUCCAUUAUUCAUGGUGAAUGUGUGGGUUAUUUAUCUUAUAAUUGCAUUUUUUAAACAUUUAUGUUGUGAAAGGGCCUCUAGCUGAGUUGGUUAGUUGAUCUGAGUAUCACCCUUCAGGUCCUGAGUUUGGCUCCCCGUGAGAGCAAAUUUUAGACUAUGGUUAAAAAAUUUCCCUGUCUGUCCCACGUCAAAGCACAGGUCUAAGUUCCGAUCUCGGUCGCGGUCGUUCUCACAUUGGUUACAGUUCUACUGUGUAUGGGUGAGGUCGAGUUUUUUAAACAUUUAUGUUCAAACUGAAAGGGAAAGCAAUGUUUAGCCUUGGAGCAUACGCAUCUUCUCCUUAGCUGCCAUUCUUUGUGUAUUUGGUGUCCUUCCGCUGAAUUAUUUUGGACAAGAUAUGCAUCAUGUCCGGAUUCCUUCAGCAUCAUUAGAGACAUUUACAAUAGGAAAUGUGGAAGAAAGAUCAAGAUGGCUCUGGGUCCAUUGCGUCGUACUGUACAUCAUCUCUGCUGUAGCUUGCAUUCUUCUAUACUUGGAGUACAAGCACAUUGCCAGGCUGAGGUUAUAUCACAUUUCUAGAGCAACAAGCAAUCCUAGCCAUUUUACUAUCCUUGUCCGAGGAAUUCCAAAAUCAAGUACAGAGUCAUUCAGCAGGACAGUUGAAAGUUUCUUUACCAAGUACCAUGCAUCAAGUUACCUAUCUCAUCAAGUCGUUUACAAAGUUGGGAAAGUUCAGAAGAUAGUGAGUGGUGCAAAGAAGGUUUACAGGAAGUUCAGACAUUUCAAGGGUGCGACAGUUGAUCGGAGAUGCAGACCCAUUAGAUUUCAAUGCUGUUUUUGUGGAGCUUCUUCUAAUUCAUUCCAGUUGUUGCCUAGUGAUUACGAGCAAGAGAGUGAAAAGUCUGAUGUGAAUGAAUCAAGCUCGAGCUUACCUGAUGAGGAAUGUGGUGCUGCUUUUGUGUUUUUCAAAACUCGGUAUGCAGCGCUAGUUGUAGCCAAAAUUCUGCAGACAUCGAACCCUAUGAGAUGGGUCACUACUUUGGCUCCUGAGCCUGAUGACAUAUAUUGGUCUAAUCUUUGGUUACCCUACAAGCAACUCUGGAUUCGGCACAUAGUCACACUUAUGUGUUCUAUCGUUUUCAUGGUUGUAUUCCUUAUACCAGUGACAUUUAUACAAGGUUUAACUCAGCUGGAGCAACUGCAGCAAAGGCUCCCUUUUCUGAGAGGAAUAUUGAAAAAGAAAUACAUGACCCAGCUGAUAACUGGAUAUCUCCCCAGUGUCAUCUUGCAAAUAUUUUUAUAUACUGUUCCCCCGACCAUGAUGUUUUUUUCUACUUUGGAGGGGCCUAUCUCUCACAGUGAAAGAAAGAAAAGUGCCUGCUGUAAAGUAUUAUACUUCACCAUUUGGAAUGUCUUCUUUGUCAAUGUCUUAUCGGGUUCAGCAAUUAGCCAACUGAAUGCUUUAUCAAGCCCAAAGGACAUUCCUAUGCAGCUUGCUAAAGCAGUACCUGUGCAGGCUACAUUCUUUACUACCUAUGUUCUUACUUCAGGAUGGGCUAGUCUAUCAUCAGAACUUAUGCAACUCUUUGGUCUUACAUGGAACUUUUUAAGAAGAUAUCUUCUGAGAAUUAAGGAGGAUAGUGAUUUUCUUUACUCAUUUCCCUAUCACACUGAAAUGCCAAAAGUUCUGCUGUUUGGACUGCUGGGUUUCACAUGCUCUGUACUAGCACCUCUAAUCUUGCCCUUUUUACUGCUGUACUUUUUUCUUGGCUACGUCGUCUACCGCAACCAGUUCCUCAAUGUUUACUGCACAAAAUACGACACAGGCGGUCAAUAUUGGCCAAUUGCGCACAAUACUACAAUAUUCUCUCUAAUCCUCACUCAGAUCAUCUGUCUUGGUGUGUUUGGCCUUAAAGAAUCCCCUGUAGCUGCUGGCUUCACUGUCCCGCUUAUCAUCUUUACUCUUCUAUUCAAUCAGUAUUGCAGAAAGCGUCAUCUCCCAUUGUUCAAGACUUUCCCUGCACAGAAUUUGAUUGACAUGGACAAGGAAGAUCAGCAAUCAGACACAACGGAGGACCUUCAUGAACGACUUCAUUCUGCCUACUUUCAGUUCCCUGAUACCGACGAGGUACCUUUGGAAAGAGUUCGCGUUAGUGUCGGCAGAGACGAAGACGGGAGCGGCAGUUCAGGUGAAUCAAGCCGCAAGGAAAGCGCCGAAGACGAACACAAGAGUGGCCUCUCCCACCCGACGCUGGAUGGGCUCCCGGUUAGUCGGUUACGCAACGCGGUGAGAUCACUUGGGUCCGUUUUGAGACCGCAGAGGAGACAGUUACCAGUAUAGCACAUUUCCUUUAACCGCCCAUGUAAAUUCAAGGUCGACAGACCACACACACAGAUCAUUGAUAGCGCGUACAGGGAGAGGAAGGUACACAGACAGAAAUGGAAGAGAGUAUACCACCCGUUUGCAAGGGUAGAAAAUUUUGAUGUGUCAAUUGAUACUUGAUGAAUGGCUUUUCAGGUCAUUCCUUUUCAA